AUGGUUGAUCAGCUAGCACGGCCCAAAGAAAAGGCGGAGAUUUACUGGUUCUCCGAGCAGCCCUACGGUCACGUCACCGACGCGGACCUUGAGAAGUACGACUCCGGUCGCCUUGGGUUCCCAAACACCCACUUCGACCCCCAUAAGGCCCACAUCCUGUACAACAACUACCACGAGCAGUACGUUCUGGCCGACGAAGUGGGAUUCGAUGGCAUCAUGUCCAACGAGCACCACGCUUCCUACUGGUGCAUGAAGCCCGCAGUGAACCUUGACGCCGCCGUCAUCGCCAAGCUCACCAAGAAGGUCAAGAUCGCCAUCCUCGGCAACGUUAUCGCGAUCAACGACCCCAUCCGCAUGGCCGAGGAAAUCGCCAUGCUGGACUGCUACUCCGGCGGGCGGAUCAUCUCCGGCUUCGUUCGCGGAACCGCGGUGGAGACGCUGCAGGGCGGCGUGAACCCCACCGAGAACCGGGCCCGCUUCGAGGAAGCCCAUGACCUGAUUAUCAAGUGCUGGACCGAGCCCGGCCCCUUCCGGUAUGAGGGUCAGUACUACCACUACCGCGCCGUCAACCCGUGGGUCGUUACCAAUGCAGAAGCCCCGCCCCGACAUCUGGUUCCCAGGCACCGGCAGCCCUGA